UCUCUCUUUUUAUUCCCAUCCAAACUUGAGGCUGCGGCUAAAGUUAGAUUGGCUGGUGGAUGAGUAUAUAAGCCCCCGGGAAUAAACGUAUAACGCGGCUUCACACACAGUGUCUUCCCUUUCUUGAUCACCCAAACCUCAGCUCUCAAGAUGGCACCAAAGAAGGCCAAGAGGAGGCAGGCAGCAGGAGACAGCGGCUCCUCCAAUGUGUUCUCCAUGUUUGAGCAGAGCCAGAUUCAGGAGUACAAAGAGGCUUUCACAAUCAUUGACCAGAACAGAGAUGGUAUCAUCAGCAAAGAUGACCUGAGGGACGUGCUGGCCUCAAUGGGCCAGCUGAACGUGAAGAAUGAGGAGCUGGAGGCCAUGAUCAAAGAGGCCAGCGGCCCAAUCAACUUCACCGUCUUCCUCACCAUGUUCGGAGAGAAGCUGAAGGGUGCUGAUCCCGAAGACGUUAUUCUUAGCGCCUUUAAGGUCCUGGACCCCGCGGCUACUGGAACCAUCAAGAAGGAAUUCCUUGAGGAGCUCUUGACCACUCAGUGCGACAGGUUCUCCAAGGAGGAGAUUAAGAACAUGUGGGCCGCCUUCCCCCCAGAUGUUGCUGGCAACGUAGACUACAAGAACAUCUGCUACGUCAUCACACACGGAGAGGAGAAGGAGGAGUAAAGAAAAAGCUAAAAGACAAGAAAGACAACAAUCCCUUUGCUAUUCUGCCUUCCCUGUCCUUUUCUUUCCUCCUUUCUUCCCACUCACCUUCUGUGUAAGCCCAGGUGCUCAGCCGCUCAUGUUUAAACCAAAGACUUGUCACACUGACACAUGAGAUGACCGACGCCCGAGGGAUGUCUAUGUUUGCUUAUGGGGAAUAAGGAUGAUUAUUAUUAAUAAAAAUUAUCCUGUAACAUCAUUUCCAACUUUUCUUUCCGUGCAAACAGCUUCUGUCGUCUCACCUCUUCGUCUCUGUGUGGCCCGUCACUCUAGCCUCAAAGGUGCUUUAGUGUGAAUGAAUCACGUCCCCUCUGCUUCCCUCAGUAUGAGAGGAACACAUUAUUUGGAGGGACACACCAAGCAUGAGGACUUCAUUCCAAAUUUUGAAGAUGUCCUUCUGAGUAGAGGAGGUGGGGACAGAGAAUUUGCAGGUUAGAUCAGAAAAAAGUUACCUCAUUAAAGUGAUGGAAACUUUAUUUAUUUGAAAAGUUAAAAAAAAGAAAGAAAUAAAGAAAAGGUUGAAGGAGAGGAGAGAAAGGGUCGAAAGAAAACAUUCAAUUCUUCGAUUCCUUUCCCUCCCCUCCUUCUAGCAACUAACAAAUCACCUUUUUUUUUCCAUAAGCUGUCUUGAAUCCAGUGACUGGACUCUUCCUCACCUUUCCUCUGUAACAAAUAAAAGGGAAAAAAAACUGAA